AACAGUUAAAUAAUAUAUAAAGGCAAAUAUUAAAUAAUUAAUCGUUCAGUAUUAAAAAGACUUCAAUACGAGCAGCACCAAUUUAUGAAAUAGUUAUAUAAGUGCUUAUUUUCUAUAGAAAAAAGUUGUUGUAAUGUCCAAAAUGGCCGCUUGUUUUUGUUGUUUCAUUUUAAUGAUCACAUUGUACAUUAACGGAGUGCCCGGCAGCUGGUUCGCGGACGACUCUGCUAUUAAUAUCGAUGAAGACGUACUAGAUAUUCAAAGUGAAUCAAUAGCAAGGAAGAAGUUCGACUUCAUCUUUCCUGGUACAAAAUGGUGCGGUAAAGGGGACAUAGCGAAGAACUACGAGGACCUGGGCUCAGCGCGCGAGACUGACAUGUGCUGUCGGGAGCACGACCACUGCACUGACCUCAUACUCGCCGGGGAGACCAAGCACGGCCUCACCAACGACGCCUUCUACACCAGGUUAAACUGUAAAUGUGACGAGGCAUUCCGGCUGUGUCUGAACAAAGCUAACACGAAGACGUCGCGCAGAAUCGGCAAGAUAUACUUCAACGCGCUCGGCACCAAGUGCUACAGACGAGACUACCCUGUCGUAGGCUGCAACACUUACGGAGGAUUAUUCAGAAAGAAAUGCUUAGAGUACGAUUACGACACAAGGGGCGAACAGAUCCACCAGUGGUUCGACGUCAAGAACUACGCCAACUGAUGACCUGG